CCUAGCACCGCGAGUACUACGAGCCUUACAUACAUAAUUUUGGCGUCAAGGCUGAAUCUAGUGCCACCUUAUCCUAUAAUUAUAAUUCUGUCGCCGGUGCUGUACUACAGCUGGUUACGGUUAUAUAAACAGUAUACUCAUUUCCCUAUUCCUGCUCAACCCCGCAGAUUAGGAUCGCAGGCAUCAGCUAGAACUCGAAAAACACACAACCUCCUUAUUAUCCAGGUAUCAAAUUAUAGUUCCUCUUCCUCCUCGAAAUUUUUCGCCGUUCGAGGUUGAGAUCUCACAUCGAAAAUGCCGUCCGCCGCGUCUUCGGAGCACAGCAAGCCUACAUCACUAGGCGGCUAUGCUCGCAAGUUAUCUAUUGCUCCCAAGCCUAGCAUGACUAUUCACAUAAACAACCAUUAUCAAUCCAAAGUCUACACCACUGGGUCAGAAGUAUCAGGAUAUGUGGUUAUCAACUCCCAGAGCGAUGUACGGUUCGACAUAAUCCAAGUUGUGCUCCUCGGAACCAGCAAAACCCGCAUGGACGCCGUCAAUAUUCCACAGGUGACCUCUCACACAUUCUUAAAACUCGUUAUGCCUAUCCCGGAAUCAUUCUAUCCAGUUCCGCGCAUUUUCGAAGCAGGUAUAAACCAUACAAUGCCAUUCACCUUCGUCAUUCCCGGCACAUUAACGCUCAAUGCGUGUAACCAUGGUGUUGCCAACGACUCUGUUCAAGAGCAUCACGUACGGUUACCACCUACUAUGGGUUCUUGGGAGAAGGAUGAUUUUGCACCCAAUAUGAGUCGCAUUCAAUAUGCGAUUAAGGCACGUGCGUACAAGGAGGAUAUUACUGGCGAGCAAAGCAUGAAGGUUAUGGAGGCAGUGCAGGAGAUCAAAGUUUUGCCUGCAGCCUCAGAAGAUGCUCCUUUAAAUAUCACUAAGCAUGACGACUUAUAUACCAUGACGAAGAGCAAGAAUCUACGGAAGACGAUCAUAUCACCAAAGUCUGGGAGAGUGUCUGUCACGGCUUCACAACCUGGGCCAGCCAUGCUGAGUCCUGAUGGACAGACGAUGACGCCGAUAACUGUACCGCUCGAUCUCGAAUUUGUACCGGCUUCCAGCGAAGUGCACCCGCCUAAAGUGACUGGCAUAUCAUCGAAGGUCACGGCAAUUACCUACUUCAGUCCCGGCGGCAUCAACCACUUUCCUAACCUCAGGGACUGGCACCGAGCGUUUGGUGUGGAGAGCCGCGGCUCGUACUCGGGUACGACAUCUGUAUCUACGGGACGUUUUGAACAAGUCAGAUGGACUCGACACCUAUCGGCGCAAGCGAGACGAGACUCGGGGUAUGAUAGCGACGGCCUCACAUCAUCGGACUCAGAUCAAGUCCCCAAAACCGCUCCUAAGAAAUCCAAGGGCUCAUUGACGUCUCCGAUCUACCACACAGCGAAUAUUCAGGUACCGAUUGAGUUACCAGUACACAAGAAGACCUUCGUCCCGACUUUCCAUUCCUGCAUCACUUCGCGCGUAUAUCUCCUAUGGAUAACAGUUACCCUGGUCUCCGGCGGCACCAGUGCUCACGUUACUUUAGGCGUGCCGCUUCAAAUCGGCGUCAACUCCGUAGAAUCCCUACGUCACUACGCAGAGCUCCCUCCGAGCUUCGAAGAAGCUGAAGGGGUCGACGUAGAUGACUACCUGCGCCCGCGGGUCAUGAGCGUCCCUUCAGUCGAAUUUCACCAGAAUGAAGCGCUACCUGGGUAUGCAGAUCUCGACCACUAUAGACGGACUUUGGCUGCUCACUGAGUGGAUAGCUAUCCGGCGGCAUGUUUAUUUUGUUUUACGUUUUAUUUCCCUUUCCUGGAGAGGCAACUUGCAUGGGACUUGAUUCUACGUUUAUUGAACACGAUUUGUUCCGGCGAAUAUUUGGCCAGCGCGGCGUUUAGGAUUAGAGACGAUCUGUCUUAACAAAAGAGUAUUCAAUUCAGAAUAUGACUGUGUGAUCAUUACGGGUGGCACCAUCUUUAUUUCUUGGGAUAUGGCAAUUCAAACGGGUUUGUGACAACUUUUAUGGGACGGCUUGAUGUUCAACACGCCGUUUUGAAUUCGAUGCUCAAAGUUAUGCAUGCACUCUUUUUUUUUUUUUAUAAUGAAACCUAGUCCGCACUAUAUUGCUAUAUCGAUGCAUGUAUUUCCAUGUGGUUGAAAAUGUUAUAUUUAAGAUUGUUUUAUAUACCU